AUGAUACAUAUUGAAUGUAAACUUGAUCUAGGAAACUAGAAAUAACUUUCAAUCGUAUACUCAUUUGAAUCCUAAGUAAAUGUAAAGUUGGCCAGAUCACUUCUUAAGUAUUUUAGUUUCUAACCACCAUAGUGCCUCAAUUUCUUUAAAGAAGCAUCUUAGUGCCACAUGUUUGUUGUCUAAAAUACAUGCACUAAGAUUUUUUUCAAGGUUUUUUUCAAGAGUUUUGUUGUAGGUGGUCUCUCCUAAUGCUAGAACAAAUAUUUAGGUUAGUCUUGAAGUUUGUUUUGCUUUAAUGUGUACAACCUAUAAAGAACCCAUGAAUGUCAAGAAAGCUUUCUUAUUUUCAAAUAGAAAAUCAAGCACCACCGAAUUAUGGAUUUAAUAUUUCAAAUUAUUCCAUUUUUUGAAGAAACAAGUCAAAAAUAUCUAACAUUUCACUAUGGUAUAAGGUCAGUUUUGAAGCAGAGUACAAUGCAGUAAUUUUAGAUGUCAUUUGAGUCAUUAAACACUUCGAAAUUGUGUCAUGAAUCAUGCUCGUCAACUCUUUUAAAUUCCUCAAAUCCUCUCUUCUUAUCUUUACAAAGUCAACAUGGUAGCAUAUAUACUUUUUGCCUUAAUAGCUCAGUUCAAACUUCCAACUUUGUCUUGACCAUGGUCUGUGGAAUCAGAUUAGGAAGGUGAUCACAAGGUCUGAUCUGAUCUUGGAUUUGGGAUUCAAUUUCUACAUUGGAACUUGAUAGGUAAAGACCGAUUCUGAUCCAUCUCAGAAUUUCCUAACACUAUAGAUCUUCGUAUCAGCUUUUCCCAACUGUUAUGUGGACCAAUUAAGCAGGACAACCUUAUUUUCUUCUUUACUUGGCCCAUGAGAAUGAUUAAGCUCCGUAGUAGAUAUGCAUUGAUCUAGCAUCAUGCAAUGUAAGAAUAACAUGCUAAACAACACCCAUUGUGGUCAAUUGGUAUAAAUCGGAAAGUUCCUUAAUUAUCCUGAGACUAUACAAUAAAAUCAAUUCAUUUAUCAAUGCAGAGGGUUGUUUCCAAGAGAGUUUAUAUUAUGAGAUUGCCAGCAUUUAUCAUCAAAUCAUGAGCAGCCUACUGAAAUUUCUGUGUCAAGUUACUCCUUAGUAAAUCAGACCAAUAAUUUUAUCAUCAAAUGCUUUCCAUGUUGCUCGUUUCAUUUGGUCAUUAAUGCCAAGCUAGAGAUGCUUUAUGGUUGAUCCUUAAUAUUCGGGCAUGAGAUGGCAUAAGAUUGGAAAAAAAAUUCGGAUCACCUUUUACAAGCCAGCUCUCUAGUUAGUGUCCCAUCUGCUGGAGGAACUUAUGAUGGAAGUUCCUGCACUUUCUAG